AUGGAACCCAGAGGCGAAUCCCUGCCUGAAACCUCGGCACUCACCAGCAACCCGGCGACGUCACCGUCAUCACAGGAAAUCGCCGGCAUCGCACUCUCCAUGAGAAUUCCACCGUUCUGGAGAGACAAACCCAGGCUCUGGUUCGUCACCUUCGAAGCAGCCACCAGCAGUCUCCAGAAGAACCAAAGCCAGCUCUCCCAAAUGGUCAUCGCUCGUCUGGAGAAAGAAGUCAUCGAACAAAUCGCCGACCUACUGUACAACCCGCCAGAGACAAACGAAUACCAAGCCCUCAAAGACCGGCUCAUCUCCGCAUAUGAAGAAUCUGACAGCCGGCAAUUUCAAACGCUGCUGUCAGACAUGGAAUUGGGAGACCAGAAACCAUCACAAUUACUCAGACGCAUGCGAAACCUGGCUCGCAACAAGGUCCCCGAUUCCACCCUACAGCUGAUGUAG